AUGACGGAACUGACAUGCGUCUACUUCACUGAUCAAGUCAAAGACCCAUCGUUGGAACCACCAAUUGUAAUUGGGUUCUCUAUAUUGUACAGCAUCGAAUUCAUGCUUGGCGUCAUCGGAAACAUAGGUGUUAUUGUGUUCACAACUAGAAAUAGUAAACUACAAACCGUUCAGAAUAUGUUCAUCCUGAACUUAGCACUUGCCGAUCUGAUAGUCUGUUUAUUCUCAUUGCCAAUCACUCCUAUCACUAGUAUCAACAAAAAUUGGUACUUUGGCGAACAAAUGUGCCAUUCGCUGCCGUGGAUUCAGGGAGCUAGCGUAUUCGUUGCUGCCUUUAGCUUGACUCUGAUUGCCAUCGACCGAUAUAUGAUGGUCGUCGCACCACAUAGGAAAAGGAUAAACCCAUCGCAAGCUCGAUUUGUGAUGAUUUGCCUUUGGCUUAUCGCCGUUCUCAUCACAUUCCCAUAUUCAUGGUACAUGGCACUUGUCGAAUAUGAGGGUUUAUGUGGAAAAUUCUGCACUGAAGCGUGGCCUAAUGAGCGAAUUCGACGAGCCUACACGGUCUUUGUUCUUGUUGCUCAAUUCGUCGUACCCUUCGUAAUUAUGUUCUACUGCUAUACAAGAAUAUUCCGUGACCUCAGAAAAAGAACUCGAGAAAAGCUUAGGCAAAUGAAUGAAAGAUCACUUGUAUUGGCAGCAUCAAUGCCUGUGCUAAGUGCGAUGAAUAGAAAAAUGAACACAUCAAAUAUCCAUGUACUUGAACAGUGUCAACGAAAAUGUAUACUCCUACAACGAACGAGGAAGAAUACUGUAGUACUUGUGCUUGUAAUGCUCUUCUUCUUCAUCUCGUGGUUUCCACAUAACGUGGCAUCCAUGGCCCUGGAGUUUAGUGAUGGCGGCGUAUUCAUACAAAAUGACACUGAUUACUCCUAUUUGGCAAGCUUGAUUUCACAUAGUGCAGCCAUGAUUAGCACAAUGUCAAAUCCGGUGCUUUACGGACUCUUGAAUCGUGGUUUCAUGUCGCAAGUACGAAAUGGAUGGGUUUUCUCGAUGCGAAGGAAGAGAAGCGAGGUCGGGUUCUCCGGGAUUUUCCUUUGA